AUGGUUCUCAAUCGUAUCAGCCAGCAGCUUCCUAAUCUACAUGUUCUUUACAAAGAGGAAGCUGUUGUUAAAGUCACAUUAACUCUAUAUUUAUAUAUAUAUAUAUAUACCUCGAUAUCAAUCAUACAAUCAAGCGCAUCAAUCAAACGUCAAACACAAUCACAAUCACAAUCACAAUUACACAAUCAUACAACCAAUCAUAAUCACAUAUAUAUAUAUAUAUAUAUA